AUGUCCUUUGUUUCAAGGUACGACACUGGUGAUCGGGAAGAAAUCGAUGAGCUCGUCGACUUCCUCGAUGCCUUUUGGAAAAAAGAACAUAUAGAUGGCCUUGAGAACUACCUCUUGAACGAGCUCCAAUUUGCCAAUAUCGAGUCUCCUGUGGAACUCCGGAUGCACGAUUCUUACCACAUUGCCAUUCUUUUAUUUUGGGAGGUGUUUGAGCUGAAUAGCUUUAACGAAGUGUCUUCAGUCGCUAGAGAAGAGAUUGUAGCCCUCUGGGAAAGGUUUAUAAAAGUCAUAAACAUCAAGUCCGUUCUUGAGUUUCUUCCACUAAAACGGUUUCUUCUGAUAAUGGAAGAUACAGGUUCUUUGGAGGUUCUUACAGGAGCGGUGAAUAUUCUCGCAUGGUUGGUAUCUGAGGAUGAAGGUGAAGAAACAUCGGACUUCCUUGAUUAUACUCAGUUUCUCGGAGAAGUGCUCAAAUGGUACUUGACUGAAAAUUCGGCUGGUGAAUGCGUGGAUUCUUUGUUUGAAUUGCUUCAUGAAUGUCUGGAUGACGCUUUAGAUAAAGCUAUUGAGCUCUUGGAUAAGUCCAUUGAUGAGCUACCUCUAGUGUAUAAUUCUGCCAAGAUGGAGAGGUACCAUGAAGUAUUUGAGAUUGUGUUGGAUCGAGAACAUGAGAUUCCAGAAUCUCUUCUUCUGAUGGUGGUUUGUAUGGCUGAUUUAGAGGAAUUCAGUGAGCAGAAUGGUGAUCUAGAGACGCUAAUAGAAUACUACACUGCCUUGUGGGAGAUUCUGGAAAAAUCACCAAACAUGUUCCCCAUGCUUGAGUCCAGGAUUCGAGCUAUAUUGGGCUUACUAGAGAGAGGUUUGGAUGAGUUAUCUGUUGAGCCGAGUCUAGCACGUUUUUUUGAAAAGCUCACAAGUUGUACUAGCCAUUAUGUCAAUCAAUGGGCAAAGCAAGAAGAUUCCAUGAAGCGGAUUAUUCGAAAACUUAGUUUCAAGGAGCCCCAGCACCUCAAGGUUUUGGAGAUUAUCAAUUACAGCUUCAUCGAGGAUAAGUGCACAUUCUUCAAUGAUAAGCUCCAGACGUUAGUUCUAUCAAAAGAUACCGACGCAAGAAGGGCAAUUUUGGGGGUUAUGAAGGAUCCAGAAUUUUUUGCUAUGUUUGCUAGUAACGGCCAGUUGUCCAUGGAUGUAUUUCGGCAAAUGGAGGAGCCUCUACUCCAUGAGUACCUUGUUAGCCUAUCUCAACACUCCCAUUCGUAUGAGUAUCUUCUUGAAAAUACGACAGGAGCAGUGAGGGUGUAUUGGAAAAUGGUGAAGGGUGACUAUAGAUGA